AAAUAAGUUUAUAUUUAUAUAUAAAUAUAUGGAGAGAGAAGCCAUGGAAGGACUGCUAAUUGUAAGAGAGUCUGUGAUCCAUGAAGAAGCUGCUGCUGAUGCUGAUUGCAGUGGGGGGAACUCAGUCACCUUUGUUGUUGUUCUGAGUACUUUGGUGGCCCUCUGUGGUUCCUUCUCUUUUGGGUGUGCUACAGGAUAUUCAUCAGCUGCAGAAUCCGGAAUAAUGGAAGACUUGGACAUCACUGUUGCUGCCUACUCAGUUUUUGGUUCAAUACUGACAAUUGGAGGAGUGCUUGGUGGGUUGGUAAAUGGAAGGAUAACGGAUCUCAUUGGUCGUAAAGGUACAAUGUGGUUCUCUGCAAUAUUCAGUACUGCAGGGUGGCUCAUUAUAGCAUUUGCAAAGAAUGUUUGGUGGCUGGAUAUCGGACGACUGUUGGUGGGAUUUGGCAUCGGAAUAAUUUGCUACGUGGUACCUGUAUACAUAGCAGAAAUAACACCUAAGGACCUCAGAGGAAGGUUUACUUCAGCUAAUCAGUUGAUAAUCAGCUGCGGUUUUUCGGUAAUGUAUUUCAUUGGAAAUACCUUAAACUGGCGCAUCAUGGCUGUGAUUGGUGCUGUUCCAUCUCUACUACAAAUUAUAGGUUUAUAUUUCAUUCCAGAGUCUCCAAGGUGGUUGGCCAAAAUCGGUAAACAGAAAAACCUUGAUGCUGCUCUGCGGCGUCUCAGAGGAAGAGAUUCUUGUAUAUCUCAAGAAGCAUCUGAUAUCAUGAAUUAUACAGAAAUCUUUCAGCAACAGUCAGAAAGAAUGCUAGACUUGUUUCAGCAGAGAUAUGCUCACUCACUCAUUGUUGGACUCGGGUUGAUGUUUCUGCAGCAAUUUGGGGGGGCCAAUGCAAUUGCUUAUUAUGCAAGCUCUGUGUUUGUAGAUUCCGAUUUUUCGAGUAGCAUUGGGACUAUAUCAAUGGCAAUUAUCGGGAUACUCUUUUCACAGUUACCUGGUGUUGCAAUGAGUGUGCUCUUAACCGAUAAAUCUGGAAGGCGACCACUUCUGAUGGUUUCUGCUGCAGGAAUGUGCUUGAGUGCCUUUCUUGUGGGCUUGGCAUUUUGCUUUCAGGACCUCCAUCGAUGGAAGGAGCUUACUCGUAUUCUUGUGCUUAUCGGAAUGUUGGGUUAUAGCAUAUCGUACACAACGGGCAUGGCAGGAUUACCCUGGGUUAUUAUGUCAGAGAUAUUUCCCAUAAACGUUAAAGGCGCAGCUGGAAGCCUUUCAAGUUUGGCAAAUUGGUCUUCUUCUUGGAUAACAACAUACACCUUCAAUUUUAUGAUGGAAUGGAGCUCAGCAGGAACAUUUUUCAUCUUCUCAGCCAUUUGCGGUUUAGCUAUUCUGUUUGUUGCAAAGCUAGUGCCGGAGACUAAGGGGCGAACUCUAGAAGAAAUACAAGCAUCCAUUGCCCAUUUCUCUAAUUAGAUGAAUUGCAUAUCCAUGCUAUGACAGUGUUAUGUUUUGAACACUAAAAUCUGAUCACUUUUUAUGUUAUCAUACUGAUAUGGUUUUGAUGAUCAUAACAAAGUGAUUAAAACCUGCAUAAUCAUUGUGCAAUGACAUUGUGCUAGAUCUUGAUUU